GCGCAGGUGAGCGAACGUACCGCUACGCGUUCUCUCUCUCCUUCUUUCGCUCUUCUUCUCUCGCCGAUCGUUGCCAAUAACGGUCUACAGUCGACAUUGCGUAUACGCCGCGUGGGCCACGCUCGAACCCGCGACCUUAAGCCAGCGAAUAAUAACGAUCUAAAAAAGCAGGCAACAAUCGCAAUAAAGCGACGAAAUAAGAAUCAAAAGGCAAGGGAAAAAAGCGCAACAGUUGACGCCAACACACAGAGAGAUACGAAUACGUGUUUCCACACACAAAACCCCACAAAAAAGCUUAAAACAAAAUAAAUAAAUAUAAGAUAAACAUUUUAUAUACCGCACUUGCUUGACAAAAUAACAAAAAAAAAAAAAAAAAAGAAAAAGUAAAACCAAAUAGCUGGCCAUAAAUGUUUAAUUCGGGGGAGAACUGAGAACCGAAUUUCGCUCAGUGAGAUAAUGAGCAAGUGAGUUUGCAGACGGAGACAGGCCCCAGAGAGACAGAGAGAGACCCCCGGAGUGGUGUAACGAUAAGUCUUAUCAACGGCGGAGACAGACCAAAAUGGCCGACGAAGAUCUGAGUCCGCUGCCCUUCCGUCGGGAACGCAAUCUCAGCAACAGAAACUUCAACAAACGCAACUCGCGCCGCCGGAUCAGCCAGCAGGCGGCGGAGCAGGAGCGGCAUAGCAGCACGCUCGUUAGUAGCCAACCGGAGUCCGUCGACGCCGCACGGAGUGAUAGUGUCGCCAGCAGCAGUUCCAGCUCGCUACACAUUUCGUACUCCGUCAAUUCCGACACGGUGAGCGCCUUCAAUCGCCGCUCUCUGCUCAAGAUGCGCGCGGCGUCGGAGAACGGGGCUGGUGUGGAUGCCACUAUCCCCUCGGAGGAGCCCCCAAUGUCACCACAAACGCCCGAUCCCGCCUGGCUGGACGUGCGGCAAAAGGUGCAUCGCUUCGAGAACUUCAAGACCAACAUAUGUUUCCUGAAGCAGGAACGGAACAGUCUCAAAUUGUUGGAGAACCGUCGUCAUCCCUCCUUCGAGGAUCAUGGCACACCGCCACCCACGCCGCCGCGUGGCAUACGUCGCCUUGGCCUAAGCAGCAGCCGCAGCAGCUCCAUACCCAGCAUUCCCGCCACCAGCAUCGAUGAGGUGCGUUCCGAGGAUGAAGUGGACCAGAUCUCUGACUUUGAAACGGAUCCACAUGCGGUCGAGGGCGGAGAAUAUGUGCUGGAUGGCACCACCUCGGAGGUGCUGCCGCCGAGUGAGGAGAUCGAGGAGUCCAAGCAGCAGCAGGUCCAACGUUCCAUUAGUGCAGAUCAGUCCAAGGGAGGACCGCUGAAAAUGCGCAACGAUUUUCCAAGAAAUUAUCGCUCGACGCCGAGACGAAAGACUGAAAUCAUUGGCACCACAAACGAGCAUGUCGUGGGCAAGUUUCACUCGGUUUACCAGCCCAGAGAUGAAGAGGAGGAGGUGGAGAUCGAACUGCGGGACAAGAGCGACAAGUGCGUGCAUCCCAUUCUGGAGGAGUUGAUCAAGACGGAGGAGGCCUAUGUGAAGAACCUGUACACGGGCAUCGAGAACUAUGGCAACAUCUUCCAGCGAAAGGAUCUGCCACUGGGUCUGCGCGGCAAGAAGUAUGACUUGUUUGGAAAUAUCGAGCAGAUCGCCGAGUUCCAUCGCGAUGAGUUCCUGCCCAUGCUGCAACGCAAUCGAAGGGAUCUGAAGCGAUUGUUCGAUGAAUUUCUGCAGUUCCUGGAUCAAAACUGCUUCUACGGCUAUGUAAUCUUCACCAUGAACAAGCAAAAGUCUCUAAAGCUAUGCGAUCUCUACAAAAAUUACUUUACUAGCAUUCGCCUGGAACGCGAUGACAAGUUGGGCAUCAACAGCUUCUUGGUUCAACCUAUUCAGCGCAUGGCCCGUUAUCCUUUGCUCCUCACGCAGUUUAUCAAUACCUUUUUCAAAAACCGCGAUAUAGUGAUGAAGCCACUGAUUGAAUCAUGCUGCCGACUGGAGAAGCGUCUGCGUUCCUUGCUGACCACCACCAAUGAAUCGGAGAACAUCAACGACAUAGUAGAUUGUCAUGAGUUCAAUGUCUUCUAUCAGGGAAAAUUCCGCAAGGUAAACGAGUUCCAGGUGCUCGAUCACAAGCUGAAGCGUAGCUACCGGGCCAAGGUCUUUAUUUUUGACAAGUGCAUCAUCUACACGGAGAUCAAGGGCAAGAGCCUGCUCUUCCAUGGUCGUUAUCCCUGCGAGCACAUUGGCAUUUCGGCCAAGACCAAGUCCUUUACGCUGUAUUAUGAGCGCAGGAAGCAGCAGGAGUGCGAAUUCACCGCGGAUCCCACACAGAUCGCCCUUUGGCUGGACCUAAUCCGGGACAUGAUCAACAAUUUUGCCAACGAAGAGCGGGCCAAGCUGCAGGAGCGCUACUCCCGGGAGAACGAUCAUCUGCACCGAAAGGCUCCCAGUUUUUCGCUAUAUCGCGACUCGAAUCGCUUCAGCUCAGACAGUGGCAUUGGCAACAUCUGGAUAAUGCCGAAACCGGACGAGGACACCAUCAGCAAUCGCACUACUUGGUAUGCGGCCUCGUAGAUCCUAAUGAAAACACUCUAGAGAGAUAGGAUCUUUGCCAGACUACGGGAAAUCCACAGUGAUAACAAAAAUGGGGUGAUCCCGAAUCCCCUGCCUCAGGGCCAAGAAGGCCGGGUCUAUUCAAUAAUCGAAAUCGUUUCAAAUAUAUGCUCAACGCUUGUCGCGAACUGCAGCAAAAUCCUUUCGAUUUGAAUGCUAAAUCACCAAAUAUUCUUUGUAUUCUAAGUUUAGUUACUCUAAGUGUACAUAUUCCUGUAUUAUUGUUGACUCAAACUGUAGCUCGUUGAAAGUUUCUCUUGUGCCGACCUUGUUAAGUUAUUAUGUUUUUCUGUAUUUAAUAAUCAUCAACUAUUAAUGAACUAAAAUACAUAUUUAGAAUAAAGCCAAUUGUAGAGAAAAUGUUAUAAAUAAAAUGGUAAAUGCUUUACAAAUUAUGUUUUAAGGGAUCACAAGUAAUAAAGAAAUAUCUAGAAAAGAA